UUUUCAGGCUAAGCAAUUGGAUAGGAAUAAAAGGACGAGGGAACAAUGGACGACACGCGCAGAACACGUGUAGUUGAUCUGAUAAUUAACACUGGACCUGGAUUCAAGAAACGUAUAUCUUGACUUCCUUCGAAAAUUUCCUCUUGAACCCAAGCCCUUCCACCUUCCUCCUCCCUCUCUCAUCUCUCAGGUAAAGUCACUCAUGGUCAACUCAUCAGAGCACGGAUUGGCUCGUGUCAUCCAUCACAAGGAUUAUUAUAUACGUGGUGGUGAUAUGACCGUACUGGUCGAAAAUCAUCUCUAUCGUAUACACAGUCACUUCUUCGAACGCGAAUCGCUGUUCUUCCGCCAGAAGUUCCAGUCAUCUGAAGGCGAGGAGCGCGGCUCAUCGGACAACAAUGCCUAUACCUUGGACGACGUCAAGAGCGAAGACUUUGCACGUUUCCUCUGGGUCUUCUACAACCCAAAAUAUUCGCUCUAUGAGGCGCCUCUUGAGACGUGGCUGAGUAUCCUACACCUCGCCAACCGGUGGAGUUUCUGCAAUGUCAAGGAGCUCACUGUGCGUGAACUCGAGAAAAUUUCGAUAGAACCCGUUGACAAGAUCGCAAUCUAUCACGAGUACAGUAUCAACAAGCUCUCCCUCAUCCCAGCGUACAUCGCGAUCUGCAAGAGGGACAAACCUUUGACAUUUACUGAGGGUAUAAAGCUUGGGAUGGAGACCGUUCUCCGUGUCGCAGACGCUCGCGAGCGGGCUCGCCAGCGCGCUGCUGAGAGUGGAAUCCGCUCGCCUUCGUAUCACGAUUUCGAUGACAGUGAAAUGGAGUCCAUGGUCAAGGAGGUUUUCGGAAUAACGUCGCGACCAACAUCGCCGAUUCCGCAGACCAGUACUUCAUCUACCUACACCAAUGGCUCGGCCUCCACAGGCAACACGAAAGUCAACGGAACCAAAGCCAACGGGUCGACGGCAGCCAAACUCAAUGGCGGCUCCUCAAUCCGUCCCAACGGUUCUUCCAAUUCCGACCCGACUGUUCGUUCCUCCGUCGACUCCACGCAGACGUACGGCACUGCCCAGGAAUCGCCAUCCACUUCUUCGGCUUCUUCCACAAAUACACCCGUUUUUUCGUCGCAAAAUGCUGGUCCGAAGUCGGCUGCCUCAGUGCAUGAGAACAAGCCCUCGCCGCCGGAGAAAGCCAAAGUGCCUGAGCAGACGAACACUUCUUCCACUGUAUUCCCCUCUACCGAACCAUUCCAGGCUGGCUCCUACAAACCAAACGGAACGGGUGAGCCUUCAUCAGUGGCGAGUCCUGUGCUUAUAUUUUUCUGACUACGGCUCAUUGUUGGUAUCGCAGGAGGGCCCAAAGGAGGAAAAAGCUGGUUCUCAUAGUUCCACCACCGUUGUCACCCCUACCGUUGAGCUUGUUGUA